AUGACUCAACAAGCCAAAGUAUACGUUGUUAUCUAUACUGUCUAUCAUCACGUUCAUAAAUUAGCAGUUGAGGUACAGAAGGGCCUGGAAUCAACGGGUGUAGCCACAAAAAUGUUUCAAGUCCAAGAAACUCUGCCUGAAUCCGUUUUGAAAAAGAUCAAUGCUCCUCCAAAGCCAGAUUUACCCAUUAUCCAACCUGAACAAUUAUCGGAAGCAGAUGGUAUCAUUUUCGGUUUUCCUACCAGAUUUGGCGCGAUGCCUAGUCAAGUAAAAGGACUAUUAGACGCAACAGGCAGCCAUUUCGCUCAAGGAACCUUGCGUGGUAAAUUUGCUGCUACUUUUUUCAGUACAGCAUCACAACAUGGUGGCCAAGAAACAACAGCUUUGACAACGUUGCCUUAUUUUGUUCACCAAGGCAUGACUUAUGUUCCUCUCGGUUAUCCAUCUGAAAUCUCUGACGCAUUGAAUAAUGCAAAGGAAAUUGUUGGUGGCUCAGCUUAUGGCGCCGGUGCAAUUGCUGCAGGUGAUGGCUCAAGGGAUGUGACAGAGUUAGAAAAGAAAGUAGCUCAUUAUCAAGGCCAAAACUUUGGUGAAAUCAUUCGAGCUUACGUUCAUGGUAGAAAGGCUUUUGAGAAGUAA